CCUGAAUUCCCAUAACUACAGCACAGCGCAGCAGCAGUCCCGCUGUGGAACGCUGGGCGGCGCUCUGGGCCUUUUGUUGUUGUUUUGUUUUUUAAAUAAAGUUAUUUCAAUUCAAAUAAAAUGGUGGCGCCCUGUGGUCCCCCGUGUUGUUGUUGGACUGACUUGUGAACAGAGCACCGAUUGAACAUUACAACAUCGCUUUUUGCCGCAUUACAAAUCAGAGGAGGUAUGGCCGCUGCUGCAGGAAAGCCAGUUAAAAAGGAAAUCAAAAAGUAUAUUUCAGCCAAAACCUCCUUCACUUCACCAUACACUCCAAAAUGGGGCCCUCUUCCCCAAGAAGACAUGCAUUUCAUCCUGAAAACCCUGAAGGACAAGCUGGUUUCCAUGGGUCUUGAGAAGAAAGAGGUGAAAGUGUUUCGCCCGUGGAGGAAAAAUAAAGACCAGAAACCUGCUAUCACACCAGAGCCUGUUCCACAGAUGAGCCAGGAUGGACAGGUGCAGGGGUCUCCCAAAAACGGCUGGACAGAUGUGGCAGCUAGGAGGCAACUGGCCAUUGGCAUCAACGAGGUCACCAAAGCUCUGGAGAGGAACGAGCUCAGACUGCUGCUUGUGUGCAAGUCUGUCAAGCCGACACACAUGACGUAUCACCUGAUAGCACUGAGCGCAUCGAGAGGUGUGCCGGCCUGCCAGGUGCCUCGGCUGAGCCAGAGCGUGUCGACGCCGCUGGGGCUGAAAAGUGUCCUCGCCCUGGGUUUCAGACGGUGUGCCUCCAAAGACGACGAGGUGUUCACUGACACUGUUGAUGCCAUUACACCCAGAGUGCCUUCACUGGAUGUUUCAUGGCUACGAGGUGCAGCACCCAGAGUUACACCCGAAGGCCCCGUUGACAUGGAAGAGGAGGAGGAAGAUGUUGGUGAGAAGAAGGCACAGAAAAGGAAUCAUGAAAGUGAAUCUGAGGAGGUCACAGAGUCUGCCUCCUCCUGCACUCUGCAGCCUCUCAAAGUGAAAAAAAUAGUUGGUAACCCUGCAAAGAAAAGAAAAAAGGUUAAGUCAUUGCCAGUCAAAUAAAACUCUGCCUAGAUGUUAAAGCACCAUUCCUAUGUUUUCGCAUGUUUUAGUGCUUUCCAUUGUUAUUUUGGCUUUUGACUUAUAAUGAGGCAGAGUGUACUUAUGGUGGACAUGAGAGUAUUUUUUCCUUCUCAGAUUGUAUAAUUUUAAGGGUUUUUUAGAAGCCUGAAGAGUUGAAAAAAUCUAGUAUUUCACCCCGACUUUAAAGUUGGGUUCCACUGUUUCCACUAAUUCACAUAAACGUAAAUUGUGAAUGCAUUUUUCCAACAUACCGGGCAGCCAUUGGUUUACAAUCAUCUUUGCGAGGACUUUAAAACUUCACUCAUUACACUGAGCAGAAUCGAUUCUCCAAUGUGGAGGAUCUGUUGCUUUUCUUUUGAAAGUUAAUUGAGUAUUUUGGACUGUUCAUCCAAAACAAGCAAGUUGAAGACAUCACCAUGGGUAUAUUUGACAAAUUCUUUCAUUUCAUAGACAAAAAAAAGUAAUGGGCAGAUUAAUAUAUUAUUAUAUAUAUUAUGAAUAUAAUUUAGUAAUAAGUUAGUUGCAGCCCUACAUUUAAAACCAUGUCAACUUUUACUUUUGUUAUGCUAGCAUUGCAUAGUAAAACAGUUUUCAAAGUUAACAAAGCAUUAAAACAGAAACCUAUUAAAUUAAAUGAAUUAAAGAAGCAGAAAUUUGUAGGAAUGGGCAACCUUCGUAAAGCAAGUAAGUCUCUGUUGUUAUACUCCAGUGAAAUGAAUGGAAACCAGUUGCUGCAUGGAGGGGAGGAAUGGUUUGGUUUGGAGGACAUCACUUAGAAUUACUCGGUUCAAAUUUGUACGGUAUGAUCCUUUAAAUUGACUUUAUAAGUGACAUUUCAUUUGCCAUAAACAGGCACAAUAUGGGACAUUUAAAUUGAUGUUUUUGUGUUUGUGAAUUAAACCUGCUCAACUUUGUGUGAGAUGAUAUAUUUUUAAUCUUCUUCAGUAAAUAUGAUUAUAACCCAACCAAUUAAAACGUUUUUUUGGGGUGGAGUCCAUUCAACAGUUGCCAGUUAAGACUGUAGUUUAUAUGAAGGAAAAUACUAACUUUCCGUUGCCCCCGUCAUGCUAAAAAGAAGUGCAUCACUCGUGUCCCUUUUUAAAGUGAGUUUAUUCAAUCAAAUAUCCAUGCUGGUAUAGCCGACGUGUGUGUUGAAACAGAUUGUUAACUGCAUGGGGGUCAUGUCUAAAUGAUGCUGGUACAAGUACUUCAGCUUUUUCACAGCUUACAAUGGAU